AGCAGUCAUAAAAUUAUGAUCGCUGAGAAAAGCAGCCGACCAAUCACAAAACCAUUUCCCCUUUUCAAAAAACCGAGCAUUUUGCAUCUGGUGGAGAGUACUCAGAUUUGUUUGGAGAGUUUUGGAGAGGAAUUCGUAAAGCCGGGUCUACAAAGCCGAACGAACCCGAGAGCGAAGACUCCGCCUAUCGGAUUCGGAAAUGCCCGUUCGGCGGGUAUAAAAGCGGUCGCUCUGAGCGAGCACCACUCAUUCGUUGUCCGACCGCUCGCAGCAAAAGAUAUAGAAAUCGAGAACGCAAACGCAGAAAACACGCUGGAUUAAAGUGUUUCGUUUCGAACAUCGACUGAGUGAGAAAACAAAGUGA